AUGCUUGCUAGAAAAAGAUUAGCUAUAAUUGAAGCCAUCAGGAAAGUAAGAACAAUGUCCGCCCCAAAAGUGGUUCAGCCAAAAUGGUUCAAGCCAGAGCAACAAAAACCCCUACCAGUGCUAAAAUUGUACAAUACCCUUACUAGAAAUAAGGAAGAAUUUGUAACCCAUUCUAAUUCGAAGUGUGUUACUUGGUAUUCUUGUGGACCAACUGUUUAUGAUGCUUCACAUAUGGGUCAUGCCAGAAACUACGUCUCAAUUGAUAUAAACAGAAGAAUUCUUCAGGAUUAUUUCGGUUACGAUAUCAAUUUUGUACAAAAUGUUACUGAUAUUGACGACAAAAUUAUUAUUAGAGCCAGACAGAACUUUUUGUUCGAAGAAUAUGUUAAAAGAAAUGACAAUAAAGUAACCGAAGAUACUGUUGAAGAAGUCAAAAUAUCUUUGUUUGAGUUCGUCGAAAAGAAUUUAAAUCAGAAAUUUUCCACCGUUGAGGAAUAUGAAUCUUGGUUUAGCGGAUUAGAUUUAGAGAAGGAGAAAGUAGAAAAUCCAAAGUUCUCUAUGUAUUCAACAUCCGUUUCAAACGCGAUUGAAAGUCUUAAAAGUAAGGGUGAUAAUUUCUUUGAACUGGCGAAGGACGUGUUAGUACCUUUGUUGGAUAAAAAAUUUGGUUCAACCUUGAAUGACCCUGAUAUUUUCCGUAAGCUUCCAGCUUAUUGGGAACAAAGAUAUGAUCAAGAUAUGGCUGCAUUGAAUGUGCUUCCUCCAACUGUUACCACUAGAGUUUCUGAAUACGUCCCGGAGAUUGUCCAAUUUGUCGAGACUAUUAUUAGUAAUGGUUAUGCUUAUGCUACUUCCGACGGUUCAGUUUACUUUGAUACUGCAAAAUUCGAUUCAAGUGAGGGGCAUGAGUAUGCGAAAUGUCAGCCUUGGAAUAAGGGUCAACUUGACUUGAUUCAAGACGGUGAAGGUUCAUUAUCUGAUUUUUCUGCCAAAAAUGGUAAAAGAUCUGCCAAUGAUUUCGCUCUUUGGAAAGCAUCUAAACCAGGAGAACCAGAAUGGCCUUCUCCUUGGGGUAAAGGAAGACCCGGCUGGCACAUCGAAUGUUCUGUUAUGGCCAGUGAUAUACAUGGUUCUGUAAUAGAUAUCCACACAGGCGGUAUUGAUCUAGCUUUCCCUCAUCACGAUAAUGAAUUGGCACAAUCCGAAGCCUGCUAUGAUAACCAUCAGUGGAUUAAUUACUUCCUUCAUACAGGUCAUUUACAUAUUGAAGGGCAAAAAAUGUCAAAAUCAUUGAAGAAUUUUAUUACCAUUGAAGAAGCUCUAAACAAAUACAGCGCUCGUCAGUUAAGACUUGCAUUUGCUUCUGUGCAAUGGAACAAUCAAUUAGAUUUCAAGGAUUCGUUAUUAAACGAAGUGAAAUCUCUUGAAUCUUCAUUUACUAAUUUCUUCAAAAAUAUAAGGGCUUUGAAUAAUGACUACAAGCAUUCCUUGGGUUUAGGAAAGAUUGUUAGCAAAAAAUUGUCAAAUGAAGAGAAGGCUUUACUCAACGUUUUGAAAUCAACUCAGGAAAAAGUUCAUGCUUCCUUUUGUGAUAACCUAUCUACACCACAGGUAUUGAAACAUCUUAAUGAACUUUUGACUAAAUCUAACAGUUACAUUGCGAACAUUAGCUCUGAACUAAAAAUUGAACCGCUAUUGGCAAUUACCAGAUAUAUAAGUAAGAUUCUCGGUGUCAUCGGAUUUCAAUUACGUUCUGAUGGCUUAGGUUGGUUGGACGAUUCAUCUUCUGAUUCUUCCCCCGACGUUUCAAAGGAAGACAUCGCUCUACCUUAUGUCAGAUGCCUCUCUUAUUUCAGAGAUGAAGUUCGUCAAUUGGCAAUGAAUAAAGCACCUUCAUCGCAGUUUUUACAAGCUACGGAUAGACUUAGAGAUGAAGAAUUAGUCGCACUAAAUGUUGCAGUAGAUGACAGACAAGGUCAAGCAUCUCUUGUCAAAUUUUUGACUGAUAAAGAGAAAGAUGAAAUCAUGAAAAUCAAUGAGGAAAAACUUCAAAAAGAAGCUGAAAAACAGUCAAAAAAGCUUGAGCAAUUAAGACUUCAGGAGGCUAAAAAGCAGGAGAGACUUGAGAAGGCAAAAAUUUCCCCUCAAGAUAUGUUUAAGAAUGACCUAUAUUCCGAAUGGGAUGAAGAUGGAAUUCCAACUAAAGAUAAAGAUGGUAACGAAGUUACUAAAUCAAUGAAUAAAAAGUUAAAAAAACAAUGGUUGGCUCAAAAGAAACUCCAUGAAGAGUUUUUCCAGUAG